GCGCUCGCCGCCGCCGCCGAAGCCGCUUUCAAAUUUAAAAACGGAACGUUAUAUUUUUUAAAUUGUGGUUCUUGACUGUGGACUUUUUUCUGUUUGAGGAUUGUGCCAUUCCUGCCAGUGUUCUUGGACUUCCCGCUUCAAGGUGUCAGCGGUGCUAAACCUAGACUAAACUGUGCUAAACUUAGACCUUGGAGUUUGUGAAGUGAAAUAUUUGCAAUCAAUAUACUGAACGGAUUAAACUAUUUCACUAUGUCAAUUGUGCGCCGAUCGAUUCACUUUUGAAAUAUUUUUGUGUAACUGAAAUAGCUGCAGUUAAAUAAAUUUGAUUUCAAUUUAACAGUAAAGUGAAGUGGUGUGUUGAGUUCGUGCUAUUUCUGUACGAGUUGACCGACACCAAUUUUUGAAGCGGUCUAUUAUUGAUGUCAAUCAGCGUCGUACUCGUACUCGAUUGAGGCAGGCAGCAUGUCGACGUCCCCGCGCGAGGCGGCGCGCCCCCCGCACCGCCCGCCCUCCCCGCCCUCGCCGCCCACCGCCUUCGACAACCAGGCCUACCAGCCCGACGACCCCAACCACAACGACUCCUUUUCCUCCACUAACCCACCGUCCACCGUCUCCGGGAAAGAACCCAACGGAGACGCCAAGACCCUCGAGGCAGUCAACCUAGAACUGAUCAACCUCACCCCCGUCAAUGGAAAUGGAAAGAAGAAAGACGUAGAGAUCGAUCUGAACGCGACGAAUCCGUACGACGAGUACUUCGUGCCGGUGAAUGAACACAGGAAGUUUAUGAGAGGCGAGAAGUUAUACGUGACUGCGGACAAGCGGAGCGACAAGAAGGGGGGCUGCCGGCGCCCGCUGUGCUGGACCCUCGCGGCGCUGGUGGUGGCCGCGGCAGUGGUGCUGGUCAUCCUUACUGCCACUGGAAUCCUCUUCACCAACUCGCCGACUCCAGUAGACCAGUACAACUCCACCAUCGGCUCGGCGCGGGCGCUCGGCGGCAUCACGGACCUUCUUCACAACCAUGUGGACCACGACCACGAUCACGACCACCAUGAUCAUCAUGAUCACGAUCACCAUGAUCAUGAUCACCACGACCAUAACCACGGCAUGGAGGGACACGUCCACGGCAGCAGCGAGGAGGCUGAGCAUGCUGACAUGCCCAGUUUCGAUGUUCAGUCGAAUUAUGUACCUCGAACCCUGGAGGGAGAAGUGAAGAUAGACAACGAGGUGUACACGGCCCCGCUCUCGGACCCUGAGAGUGAAGAGUACCGCAUCUUCAAGGACAACUUCGUGCCAGCCCUCACCAGGAUCCUGAGCGACAGUCUGGAGACUGCCGAUGGAACCCUGGCCGUUGAGAUUGUGUCUAUCAGAAACGGGUCCGUCGUUGUCGUCUACAGGGUAUAUUGGGAAUCGAACGAGGCUCCUCAAGACGAAAUGAAUGUAACACCCGAAACUAUGAAGGCCACCCUCAACGAAUACCUGGCCAGAAACGAUAGGAUGAUUAAUGUCUACCAUAUUUCUGAAGAAAACCUCGAAACGCAACGGGUCAUUGACCAGUGCACUGAUAACAAGAAUGGCUGCGAAUACGGUUGCGAGUUCGACAAAACCACAUUAGAUUUCAUGUGCGUUUGCCCACAAGGGAAAAUGUUGUUCGGAAAGAACGGAAAGAAAUGCGUGAACAUAUUGGAUGUGAACGAAAGUAGCCGAGCCAACACUGGCUUCGACUGGCAGCAAGUACACCAGACCUCGGCUGAAACAAACGAACGCAGCACAGAGCCCGGAAAUGCCUACCCAAACAUAUUCGGUGAUGAUCAUGAGCACAAAGACUCAUCGUCUUUUGAGGAACAUAAACACUAUCCUGAUCCUACUGCAGAACCUAAACCAGAACCCUCAGCAGAACCAGAGCCAUCGCCGGAGCCUAAAUCAGAGCCAGAAUCUUCAGCCGAGCCUAAAGCCGAGCCAGAACCUACAGCUGAACUUAAAACAGAACCUGAACCUACUGCUGAGCCUAAAGCAGAGCCUGAGCCUACAGCUGAGCCUAAAGCAGAACCUGAACCACAAGCAGAACCAGAAUCUACAGCUGAACCUAAAUUAGGGCCCGAACCUGCAGAUGAACCUAAAGCGGAACCUGAACCCGCAGCUGAGCCUAAGCCAGAACCUGAACCUGCAGCUGAGCCUAAAGCAGAACCUGAACCGAUAGCUGAACCUAAAGCAGAACCAGAACCUACAGCAGAACCUAAACCAGAGCCUGAACCUACAGCCGAGCCUAAAGCAGAACCUGAACCUCAAGCAGAACCAGAACCUACAGCUGAACCUAAAUCAGAGCCCGAACCUGCAGAUGAACCUAAAGCGGAACCUGAACCUACUGCCGAACCUAAAACAGAGCCUGAGCCUACAGCUGAACCUAAAGCAGAGCCUGAACCUAUAGCUGAACCUAAAGCAGAGCCAGAACCUACAGCUGAACCUAAAGCAGAGCCUGAACCUACAGCUGAACCUAAAGCAGAGCCUGAGCCUACAGCUGAACCAAAAUCCGAGCCAGAACCUACAGCUGAACCUAAAGCUGAACCAGAACCUGCAUCUGAACCUGAACCGUCAGUAGAGCCUAAAUCAGAACCAGAACCAUCGCCAGAACCUAAGCCAGAGCGGGAAUCUACAUCUGAGUCAGUGCCUGCAGCAGAACCUACAGCAGACUCUAAAACAGAUUUCGAAUUAUCAGUAGAACCUUUAGCAGAGCCCAAACCAUCGUCAGAAUCUAAGCCGGAGCCUGAGCCUGAGCCAACAGCAGAGCCGAAAAAUGAUCUCGAUCCGAAAUUCGAAUCCCCCUCAGAAGUUUCACCUGAACCUGCUUCCGAACCUGAAGCUGAACCAGCGCUCUCUGCAGAGUCAGAGCCCAUUACUGAACCAAAACAAGAUUCAUCUGUCAAGCCAGCACAAGAACAUUCGGAGGAGCCGAAAUCCGAGCCAGGACCAUCUGACGAACCCGCAACAACUACAGAAUCAAAAGUUGAAACAUCAGUAGAACUUAAACAAACAAAACCUAUCGUUGAAGAAUCACAUGAGUCACCAACAGAUAUUGUUCGAGCUUUAGAUCAUAUUCAAAAAAUGAAUUCUGCCGAUUCAGAUUUUGAAAUAACUCAGUCUACUAAUAUAUCAUCUUCUGAAACACCAGAAUCUGAUAAAUCAACAGUUCCUGAAUCAUCAACAGAAUCACAAACCAUGAGUACAUCUACAACUGAAACUAUUAAUAGUUUAUCGGAAAGCACGGCCUACCUUAAGCCCGGAGUAGUUAUAACAUCACAGAGUGUUUCAUCAGAAACUGAUAUAUCUGAAUCAGAAAAUUCUCAUUCAAAAAUAUCAGAAAACGAACCAUUUGCGAAACUUGAUCCCACUAUAACAUAUCCGAUGACACAUAUUAUGACUGAACAAGGAAAUGCUGGAGAAUUGACCGUUUUACCUGCAAGUACACCCUCUAAUGAAUCAGAUGGAGCUAACCCAUCACUGCCAACAAAUGUAACUACAAUGCCUUUGGGUGAAAAUGAAAGCUCAUAUGACGAUGUAAGCAAAACACAAAGCCCAUCUUCAGACGGAAAAAAAUCAACAUCGGAAGAAGAAGUGACAUUUGGAUUGAUUCAAACUGUACCCAACAUUAAAUCUACUACAUCUGAUCCAAUUUUAGAUAAUGUCAGUACAACAGACAAUAGUAACUCCCAAAUUAAUAUAGAUGUAAAAACGGAAAAAACCGAAAUAGACGAAAAAGUAUCUCAUAAUAAUGGUUUGAGGCAAGAAGACGCGCGAUUUUUAAAACAUGAUGAAAACAGCAAUGUUGAGACAACUACGAAAUCAUCAAGUGAAGAGGAAACAUCUUUUGAAAUGAUUAAUUUGGAAAAUACUAACAAGAAUGGUAAAGAUAAUACAAAUCAGCAGACAACAACAACAGAAACAGCAACUACAGAAGAAAAUUUCAGCUCGAUUAGUAAAGGUACAUUUGGUGAUGAAGUGAAGGACGACUUUGUCCCUGAUUACAUAACAAAUUCUCAUGUUAAUAAGCAAACGGACGAAGAACCUUUACUCCCAGGAUUAAUGUCUGAUUAUGAAAUUCAAGAUCUUCGAUCCAAGAGGACAAAAUCGAAUGUAACUGACGAAAACUCUACAGACUUAGAAAAUGUUAAAACAACACCUAGCAUUAUUAUAGAUAAUGCUAUGAAUGAAAAUUCUACAAAAACUGUCAGUAACAUAUCCGAAAAUACUAAAAAAAAUACGUCAACAAGUACUGAACCAACUACAGUUAGUGAAUAUAUUUACAAGCAAGCCAAUAGAUCACCUGCUCCAGUUUGGGAAAGUGGCGACACAGAAUCAGAUAUGAAUGUUACACAGACUCCUAAUCUAAACGUAACCAUUUAUGAAGUUUCUAAUCACAACAUAGAAAACAGCAAGAUGAACUCCACAGGGUCUACCGUAUCAUCAACUGAAUAUGAAGACCACGAAACUGAAAUGAAUCCAUUUUUACCUGAAGUGGAAAAUAAUAAGAGCUUAGUGAAAAAACUACAAGAAGGACAUGAUAUUGAUCCUAGCAAUCUAAACGAAACACAAAAUGAAUCUAACGAUGAACAUAACAGUAAUAAUAAUUUAGCUAUGAUAAACUCUGAAAUUCUAAGUUUAAACAAAACAUUGUACGAUACAAAACUCAAUGACACAGAAGAUGAAUAUUUACAAAACGAUGUCACAACCCGUGGUAAUAACCAGCCAGAGUCCACUACUUCUACGGUUGAGGAACAAGGAACUGAAAUAGUGCCCACUACAGAUGAUGAGAUGAUGUUUAAUUUGGACCAUUUACAAAAACAUGAUACUUAUGUACCCAGUAGUAAAAACAAAACUGAAACUGAGGAAGAUUCUAUGGCGGUGGCAUCUGUUAAUGAAGACAAUGCAAAGUCCGUAGACGAUGAAAAAUCUGUAACAGAUUCUACGGAACAAUCCUUAACAACAACUGAAACUAUAACUAUUCCCGUAAACACGGUGAAAGUCGAUGAAGCGAACACUUUUCUGAUAGAUACAGUAGAUACUUCAACUAAUAGACACGUAGAAGCGCAGACCAGUCCAUAUGACUGGAAUUCUGCGGAACUUAGCGUAGUUCCUAUAAGCAAAACACAUUCCGAUAAUAGUGAUAAUGUCGAUGCAGAAAAAAAACAUUAUGAAAAAGAGAUUAGUAAAAGUGAAGAUGAUGAGAAAGUCGUAAAUUUCGAAUCAAGUAAAGAUGGUAAUCAAGACUAUCUUAAUGACAUAAGUGAUACCCUAACAAGAAGUGAAAGAACGAUCGAUUCGACCAAAUUCAAUAAUGAUUCUUAAUUAAGAACUGAACUCUUCAUUAGCUGUUAAUUAGUUUUAAUAGAUGUGUAAAAAGUACUAUUACAAGGUGUCUUCUGAUGCUAUCGAUCAAAAAACCUACAUUAUGAGCGCGAUUGCUCGGGUAAGAAAUAAAAUGUUCCUCAAGCAAAAAUAUUGUUGGAUCAUGUCGUUUUCAUUAGACUAGUCAAAGUAGAAAAAGAGUCAGAUAAUAUUGAAGUAUAGAAUAUUGUAUUUAUUUCCAUUUUGUACUUAAAAUCACAAUCUACAAUGUUUAAGUAUCAUUUUCUUAAUAUUUGGGUCGAGUAAGAACGAUAGAUCAUUGUUUUUAUUAGGAAUAGUGCUUAGUGAUCUGUAGAUAUAAAAUUGUUACCAUAGCUAAUGUAUAAUAUAAAUAAUUAAUGAAGAUUAUGGUGAAUUGGAUACAGCUAAACAACACUUAUUUUUUGUAAUGUGAUCAUUCUCUGCCAUGCCAUAAUGUGAUAAUUACAUUCCAUUUAUAUAAUACUUAAUACAUAUAUUUAGUGAUUUAUCUGUAAACUAAAGUGAGGUCUGAUUGUAUAAUAAUAGUAGUUAUCGUUAACUAAGAUAUAUUUUGUAUAAUAUGGUUGAAAAUGUAAAGAAUUACGCUGUAAAUAAAUUUGAAGUUAUAAUAUUA